CAGCUGUCCCCAUCUGACUUCCUCGAUAAACUAAUGGGCAGGACAUCGGGCUAUGAUGCCAGGAUCAGGCCCAAUUUUAAAGGUCCCCCAGUAAACGUUACCUGCAACAUAUUUAUCAACAGCUUUGGCUCAAUAGCUGAGACCACCAUGGACUACAGAGUGAACAUCUUCCUACGUCAGACGUGGAAUGACCCCCGCCUGUCCUACAAAGAGUACCCAGACUCCUCACUGGACUUGGACCCUUCCAUGUUGGACUCCAUCUGGAAGCCUGACCUCUUCUUUGCCAACGAAAAAGGUGCAAACUUCCACGAUGUUACCACUGACAACAAACUUCUUAGGAUCUUCAAGGACGGAACUGUUCUCUAUAGUAUCAGACUGACUUUGAUCCUGUCUUGUCCGAUGGAUCUUAAAAACUUCCCCAUGGACGUCCAGACAUGCACAAUGCAGCUGGAAAGCUUUGGCUACACCAUGAACGACUUAAUUUUUGAGUGGACAAGCGAGGGGCCCGUACAGGUUGCAGAGGGCCUCACCCUUCCACAGUUCCUCUUGAAGGAUGAAAAGGAACUGGAAUACUGCACCAAACAUUACAACACAGGUAAGUUCACCUGCAUCGAGGUGAAGUUCCACUUGGAGCGACAGAUGGGCUACUACCUGAUCCAGAUGUACAUCCCCAGCCUGCUGAUCGUUAUCCUCUCCUGGGUCUCCUUCUGGAUCAACAUGGACGCCGCGCCGGCCAGAGUGGCGCUGGGCAUCACCACGGUGCUCACCAUGACGACGCAGAGCUCAGGCUCCCGCGCAUCCCUGCCAAAAGUUUCCUAUGUGAAGGCCAUAGACAUCUGGAUGGCCGUUUGCCUCCUGUUUGUGUUUGCUGCCCUACUGGAGUACGCCGGAGUAAACUUUGUCUCUCGGCAACAGAAGGAAUUCCUGCGCAUGAAGCGAAGGCAGAGAAGAAACAAGGAGGAUCCAGAAGGUCGGUUUAAUUUCUCUGGGUACAACAUGGGCUCGUGUCUGCCGAUGAAGGACGGUAACGUGAUGAAAAGCACAAUGACCAACGCAGCACCUGCGGCGCCCACGCAAAAGGAGACCGACAACAUCAAGAAGAAGUUUGUGGACAGGGCCAAGAGGAUCGACACAGUGUCACGAGCUGCCUUUCCCCUCGCCUUCCUCAUUUUCAACGUCUUUUACUGGAUCACGUACAAAAUCAUCAGGCACGAGGCAUGACUUCACAAGAAGUAGCUCUCCUAACUAAGGACACGAUCUGGGCACAAGCGGGUGUCGCAAUCAGCCGUCAGUUUUUCAAGAGGGAAAACUGUACAUGUGAGAUGGCAGGUGAGGGACCCUCCACGUCAGCACAGGGGUUUGAAAUGGAUGUGAAUCGACACAUUCUUUGAAGAAUAAAAAGUUUGGUUUGAGCUCUGAGAUAAUGGACAGAAUACAUACUGUUUCUGAGGAGAUGUACACCUUUCAAGGGUCAUGUUAAAGCAGACAUAUUGGCAAGAUGUUGUAGCGCAGAGCACAAAUGACCCACUGUCCAGGGAGUUUGAAUGUCUGGAGACAUGGAGGAGGGAUGACUUUUAAUAGGAGGUUUCCUAAUGGGUUAUAACAUCGUUUUCUACACAGUGUUUUUACAGACAUUUCUCCAUUCACACUGUUGGUGAAUCUUUAAAUGGCGUUUGAUUAGAAACCUAAAGCCUUAGAUGUAAUAUGUGAGAAAGUUAUUUAUUUAUUCAUUUGUUUGUGUAAUUAUUUUGAACACAUACAGUACAUAUAAUAUAAUUUAUGUUUUUGAAA